CCCAACUUCCGUGGUUGUCCCUCUUUCCCCCAUCUCCCUUCCACAAGAGAACAUUGGCCUUCGACAUUAUUAGCGGUGUUCACUCACUCAUACACUCGCUCAGCAAACCUCAUUCGAGCCGCACCACAUUCGCUACACCACAAUCUCAGUCUUAGUUGACCUGAGAACCUUGCCACUACGUCAAAUCGACAACCACCCUAAUACCAUAAUCAAGAUGCGUUUCUCUACCAUUCUGGUUGGCGCCUUCGCCGCCAUCGUCGCCGCUCAGUCCUCAGGCGCCGGCAGCGCCACCGUCGCUCCUCCGGCCUCGUCCGUGAGCCUGGAUUCCGCCACGGCUACCUAUGUGGCCUGCCUGAAGGGGUGCCGUGACGACGACGUCAACUGCAGGGCCAAGUGCGGUGGUGUUCCCUUCCCCAGCGACAGCCAGGCCAACGCCACCAACAUCUGCGCAGCUGCUUGCCCCAAGGGCACGGGCACCGAGCCCGAGGUUCUUCAGUGGAACAAGUGCGUCUCCAACUGCGUCGAGAAGAACUUCUGGGCCUCGUCCGGCGGUACUCCCUCGCCCACCGGUGCUGCCGGCGGUUCGGGCUCCGGCUCGUCUGGCUCCGGCUCCGGCUCCAGCACUACUGGUGGCUCGGGUGGCAACGCCGCCAAGACCUCUGGCACUACCAGCGGCUCUGGCUCUGCUCAGACCAACGCUCCGAACCCUGCCAACGCUCUCCGCGUCGGCACCUCGGCUGUUGGUCUGGUCGGCUUCAUGGCUGCCUACCUGGUCCUGUAAAUGACCACAAAUUAUCACACCGUGGAGGAUGCUCGCGGUCGAGCAGCGGACACUGUACCAUUGGAAGAAGAUACUCUCGAUGUGGGCCGGUUAAAGAAGCCAGCAUCGCGCGCGCACGGUCAAAACCAGUCUCACCUUUUUGUCUAUUGACGAUGGUUGGAUCUUAAUGAGAACGAUGGGUUGGUUGGCAGAAACUGCUCCAAAAGCCUACAUGACGAGUGAUUUUGGGUUGGUCAAGUCGUAUGUGCGUGAUGC